UUCAACAGCGGAGGAAAGGAGAACGGGGCGUAAAUGGGGCAUGCUCAAUGAAUCUUGUUACGAUAAAUCAAUUAAUAGAGGAAGCGACGUUCAAUCAAUGAUACGAUGGAUUCUAACAACUACGUUGAGAAUUAGGUUAAGUUUGAAAGAAAAAGGUUUGUGGCACACGCCAUAAGUUGCCCCUCCUGACGGCGGACGAUCGUCCCGUCCCCCUGCCAACGUAUCUGUCACCUACUAAGCUCAUUAUUAACCUUCUUACUUCUAAAUUCAAUUGAGCCUCUUCAACGCCAAACGCAAGCUGCCUAGAUACCUGGCGAUAUGGAUGAGAUCUUUUAUGAAUUAUAGCCUCCCACUUUGGGCAUCGUGACCUACUUAUCCUAACGAGCGAGUACCAUGUCAUGAGCUACAUACCUCGCUCUUCACGCAUAGUUUAAUGUACAUGCUUAUGCAUUAAUAUCCUGGUUCAUUCAUACUGGACACUUCGACAUGGCUAUUAGGGCCUCUGAGAAGGCAACGCCCAAUUUCACGGUUCGGCGUCAAGAUCAGCUGAAUUGGAACGUCAGGCGAUCGAUUGCCAAUGUCGACGAUGGAAAUCGAUUGAAGUCCAAGCUAGUAUUGGCUUUACUGUGCCUACUAUCGUUAGUAUGGUUGGCAAGAAUAUACUCGGGUCUUCCUCUCCUAACUUCUUCAACAAUAAACCCAGCCAGCCGAUCCGAAUUGGAAUUGUUUCAAGGUUCAUCCAAUGCACCCAACUCACCUGAAGUAUUGGAGUGUUUUCAAGUUUCCCAGCCGGUGUUGAGCCCCGAUGGUCUACCUUCAAAGUCGACAGCCAGUGUCGGGCAAAGAGCUGCAAGGGAAGAUGACCCCGAUAAGUCUUGCUCGGUCUUAUUGAUGGAUCAUGUUUUUGGGUUUAGUUAUGGCAAGCCUUUCGUCGGAACUUAUACGCCACCAGAUUGUCCUUUCAAUCGAAUUAUUAUGAACUUGACUGUAGUUUCACAGGGUCGCCAAUUUGACCGCCUAGCACUGAUGUAUUUCGGCGAUACCGAGGUAUGGCGGACUUCAACUGCGGAACCAACUCAACCGCCCGGGAUUCGUUGGACCUUCUUAAAGGAUAUGUCGGAAUAUUUGUACUUUUGGAAAUCUCCCCAGAAGUUGAUCUUCGAUCUAGGGAACUUGCUGGAUGAUAAAUACACCGGAUCAUUCAAUGCUACCCUGACUGCGACCUUCUUCCUGGCCAAUGCCGAAACUGGUAAACCUCCGGCUGACAUGAUUAUCCCUGUAUCCGCGAGAAAGGCGGCAGAAAAUGGGCCAAGCCAUUUCACAUUACCGACAGAAAAUGCAACAAAUACGAUGAGCCUUCCCCGAAAUGUCAAUAGAGCUGUCUUCUCCAUAUCUGCUAAUGGACAGGCCGCCGAGGAGUUCUGGUGGGGCAAUGUUCUUCAAAGCGAUGUCGACACGUUCAGCCAGACUACGGGGAAGUUGCUCGGUCUGUCACCCUUUCGCGAGGUCCAGUUGCUUAUCGACGGCAGCCUCGCGGGGAUCCAAUGGCCCUUUCCGGUGAUAUUCACCGGUGGAGUGGUACCUAGCUUGCAUCGACCUAUCGUGGGUUUACAAGCCUUCGACUUAAGAGAGCAUCAAAUCGAUAUUACUCCAUUUCUUCCUCUGCUAUGCGACGGGGCCGAACACACAUUCGCAAUCAAAGUUGCCGGGCUGAAUGAUCGGGAUAAUGCCAGCACUACGCUGACAGAUACCGUCAAUGACAGCUGGUAUGUCACAGGCAAAAUCUUCCUAUGGUUAGACGAAGAAGGUUCGGUCACCACCGGUGCUAGCGCCGUAGUGGAGUACGAUGAGCCAACCAUUUCACUCUCUCACCGUGUCACGCAGAAUGCCACUGGUUUCAACGAGACUUUGGCUUUUGAAACAUUCGUCGAGAGAACACUGACUGUCAGAUCAACUAUCAAUUCAAAGAGCUACACUGGAGAAAGUACUUGGUCUCAAAUCCUUUCGUAUUCAAACCGAGCAGUGGUGUCAAACUUUGGAUUUACCGAGAUUAACAAUUUCACCAUUACCGGAGUCGAUUCUUCGACAGGGUCUAGCACCCCAUAUAAGACCGUCUAUACGUAUCCUCUGUACUGUAAUCAAACAGUCUCAACGUCCUCGCAGGGUAACCUAACAAUAAGUGCGCAUUUGAUACAAGGGUUCCAGCUUCAGGUUGAAGGCAGUCCCGUCUUCCCAACAGGUCUAGAGGCGUUCGAAGACGUCUCUGCUACUAGAAAGGGCCCGUAUGCCGUGUCACAUUUGAACACCUACCGCGACGGCACAGCAUUCUUCUCUCAGACGGGGGAUCGUAAAAGUAGCUUCGGCUAUGGUACAACCAACCAGGUUUUCCGCUUCGGUGGUUCUGAUAGCAGUGGCACUCACGACACCGAUGGUGAUAUCGACGAGCUCUAUUUCCGAAAUGUAACAGCAGCAAACGGUACUAUAUUGUCCGAUUCCGAGAGGAUAAAGGGCAUGGAGACAUAUAGUUUCAAGCGAAAAUGGCAACCUAACAGCCUCCCAGAGGCAUCGUUGGCCUUGUUCGCUCAUACUUCUGAUGUGGCCAGAGGAUUUAAAACACCAGCAGGGAAAGGUAUCGAUUAUAAUGGGAUGUACGAAUUACCUUUAGUACAGGUUCAGAUUCCAUAG